AUGGCGUUCCUACACGCGCACUCGUGCGAGUGUCUUAAGUCGGAGCUUGAAUUAUUUUCAUUACCGCCAACCCAGACAACGAUCGAGGGGACACACUCUGUAUACUACAAACCAAUCUCAUCGCUGACGGAUGAUUCAUUGAUAGAAUUUGUCGUCCCAGGCCAGGGGGAUGAGUACAUUGAUCUCGCGCAUACAAUGCUAAGUAUACGCGUUAAGAUAGAUGCCCCAGAUUAUAAAAAGACAGGGGGGUUAGAGGGCGUAUCACCCGAUGUAGGACCUGUCAAUAAUCUCCUACACUCAAUGUUCAGCCAGAUCGAUGUAUUUUUUAAUCAAAAACUUGUGUCUGCUCCUAACAAUGCUUAUGCUUAUAGAGCUUAUAUUGAAACUCUGUUGAACUACGCGUACGCCGCGAAGACCUCGCAUCUUACGAGCGCUUUAUGGUAUAGCGAUACAGAGGGAGCAAUGGAUGAUAAGGGCGAUGGUAACAAAGGCCUUGUAGAGAGACGGGAUGCGUUAGGCAAGGAUAGAACGAUCGAUCUUCUUGGACAUCUGCAUUGCGAUAUCUUCAAUCAGGAAAGGUUUUUGCUGAACGGUGUUGAGAUGCGUUUGCGACUCGUGCAGAACAAUAGCGCUUUCUGUCUCAUGACUGAUUUGAAAAACUGUAAAAUCCGCAUUACAGAAGCAUCGCUAAUCGUGCGACGCGUUAAGAUAGCGCCCGGUAUACUCCUGUCUCAUGCGAGAGCUCUGUCUAAAUCCACAGCAAAAUAUCCGCUGACGCGUGUCGAGGUUAAAGCUAUAUCAAUGCACGCCGGAAUACACGGCGAUACUCUUGAUAACGUCAUACUGGGCCAACUACCAAAACGUAUAAUAAUUGGUUUUGUCGAUAAUAAGGCUUUCAACGGUGAUUAUGGCAAAAAUCCGUUCAAUUUUCACCACUACUCGAUCAAUUAUCUUUCUUUAUAUGUAGACGGCCAACAGAUACCGUCAAAACCCCUGCAGACAGACUUCACAGAUAGUAAUAUGUAUGUGGAUGCAUAUCACACGUUAUUUUCUGGCUCGGGUAUUCACUUUCUCAACGACGGUAAUUGUAUCUCGCGUUUGAACUACCCAUACGGCCAUUGCCUUUUCGCGUUUGAUCUGACACCCGAUCUCUCUGCUAAUAGCAGCACCCACUGGAAUCUGGUGAGGCAUGGCAGCGUGAGGAUAGAAGUACGCUUCGCGGGGUCUUUACCUACAACGAUUAACUGUAUUGUGUACGCUGAAUAUGAUAAUGUGCUUGAGAUUGACUCAUCCAGACAGGUCAUCGUAGAUUUCAGCGGUUGA